CUGGUCUAAACUUUUCAAAAUUUAAACAGCUCAUUGUGGUAACGACGAUUCCACGUGAGAAUAUAUGAAUUUAACGUAACUAUGAUAAUAUCGAACUAAUAAAAAAAUUAGUGAGAGCAAUUAGUCAGAACAACAUGUCAUUUGUCUUCGUACUGACAGUUUUAAGUGUGAGCCUUUAUUUCGGUUCGACUUGUGCAGCUACGCAACCACCCAACAUUGUCGUUAUCAUCGCUGAUGAUCUUGGAUGGAACGAUGUUAGCUUUCACGGUGCCGAUGAGAUCCCUACUCCGAAUAUAGACGCUCUCGCAUACAAUGGCAUAAUAUUGAAUCGACAUUAUGUAUUGCCAGUGUGCACACCAUCAAGAGUAGCUUUCCUCACUGGACGACAUCCUCUAAGGACAGGCAUGCAGGGAUACCCCUUGAAAGCAGCCGAACCACGUGGUAUGCACUUGAACGAUACUCUUUUACCUGAAUAUCUUCGUAGACUCGGAUAUACUACUCAUCUCGUAGGGAAAUGGCAUGUUGGUUAUCUCACGAGAAAUUAUGGACCCACUCGUCGUGGUUUUGAUACUUUCUUAGGAUAUUACAACGGCUUAAUUCAAUACUUCAAUCAUACAACAUCCCAAGACGGACAAGUAGGAUAUGAUUUACACCGUAUUGUAGGCGACAAUAACACAGUUGAAUACAGAUAUGACUACAUGACUAAUAUUAUAACCGAGGAGGCUGAAAGUAUUAUUUCAUCGCAUAAUACUAAGAAACCCAUGUAUCUCCAACUAGCACAUCUCGCCUCACAUGCUAGCGAUGCCGAAGAAAUCAUGGAAGUAUAUGAUUGGGAAGAAACUAAUGCUACUCUCGGCUACAUUCAAGACCUGAAUAGAAGGAAAUUCGCAAGUGUUGUUGCUACGUUAGAUAAAUCGGUUGGUCGGGUGGUCGAUGCUCUUAAUAAGAAGGACAUGUUAAAAAAUACGAUCAUACUAUUUAUGAGCGAUAAUGGAGCACAGACCGAAGGUUUCUUGGAAAAUUUUGGAUCCAAUUAUCCAUUGCGAGGGUUGAAAUUCUCGCUAUUCGAAGGAGGUGUUCGAGGUGCGGCAUGCAUUUACUCACCCUUGAUUGAGAAAUCGUCGAUAAUUUCGACGCAAUUAUUUCAUAUUACCGAUUGGCUACCUACACUAUACUCCGCAGCUGGCGGUAAUUCAAAGGAUUUAAAUAAUUUGGACGGCAUUAACCAGUGGUCCACAAUCAAGACAGAGGAAGCUACAAAGCGGAAAUCGGUUGUCAUAAAUAUCGAGGAUGUUGACAACAGUGCGGCAUUAAAGGGACGUUACAAACUCGUUCAAGAUAAAUCCGACUAUCAGAAGCAUUAUACUAACUAUAACGGUAGCAAUCCGUCAUAUCCCAAGUACAACGUGACAAAUGUGUUAAAGUCACCAGCCGCAUUGGCCAUAGCGAAUGUUUCAACUCACGUUGUAACUGCGAGUAAAAUAGAAAAGCUCCGAAAAGAGGCCACGGUAGUUUGCAAGGAUCCUACAAAUACCUCCAGUUGCGAGAAUCGCACUUGCUUAUUCGAUAUCUAUGAAGAUCCUUGCGAAAUUACGGAUAUAUCCUCGCAAUAUCCUGAGAUCGUGCAAAGUUUGAUCGAGCUUAUUGACUGCUACAAAAUGUUGGGCUUCGAGAAAGAGAUCAGUUUAGAUUCUGAUCCUGCUGGCUAUCCAUCCAACUUUAACAACACUUGGAUGCCCUGGUUGCCGGACGACUAUGUGGCGAGCAACAAAAUAGAUUUCACGAUAAACGGAGCUAUGAAGACAUGUAACGACAUAUAACUUUACUUCGACCUUGUUUGAGGCCGUUUGUGAUUCCGCUGAGAAACGCGAUUGAAAACUGUUUUGAGACGUUGAUGCAUAUGUUAAUUGUUGUCACAAAUAGAUAAGUCUUGAGAUCAAUUUGAUACUAACGAUAAGAUACAUAUAUUUGUUAUAUUUUUAAUCGCGAAGAGCUUCUCGGAUAUAAUGUUGCCUUCUUUUAUCUUUUGACAC